UAUUACUCUUGUUCUCUAUAAAAAACAAAAACAAAAAAAAAAAAAAAUCAAGAAAUGGUUCUUACACAGGCUGAGAUUCUCGAGAUUAAAAGUAAACUCAAUCGUGUUAAAAAACAUCAAAUUAGAUGAUGAUCAGUUGAGGGAUUUGGAAAAGAAAAUGAUCGAAUACGCUGAAAAGAAAAAGGUUAUGGAUAAUUUAUUCAACGCAACGCUCAAACUGUUAAACAGUUCUAAUACGAAGGGAUCCUCAUCUUAAUCAAUGCUCUUGGUUGACGAGUGAAAGAAAAAUCAGUACUAGUAUUUAUUCUUUCAAAGCUUUUAUGGAAUAACUAAUUUAAAAUUUGUUGUAAUAAUAAAAUAAUGUCAUGUUU